AUGGAUUCCCAAGGUUCUCAAGGCAAUUCUGGCCCUCCAAGGCCUAGUGGUCCAGGAUAUUCCUUUCAGCCAAGGAUCGCCUUUAUCCCGGGCCAAGUGGAGAUAACUCUGUGGGUGAAUCCAUGCUUUCAAGCCUUUGAACCGAUCAAAGUGGAGUCUGAUGUGGAUGUGGCCUUAGAUUUUUUUAUCUCAAGCUAUUCGAGUGUUAGAUUCAUCUCCGUCGUCCUGAUCUCUGGCCCGUCUGUUAUAAAGCUUGAGGAAGGAGGUAGACGGGCGGCCGUGUAUCCUUGCAUCAACAAACGCCUGUGCCAAGCUACAACCGAGCCCAUGUACGGGAAGUACCCAUGCGUGUCAUCAUUAUAUCGAUGGUUAAAAAGUAAUCAAAGCGCAGCAGGAGGACACCGUUACUGCUUCUUUCCCAACUCCCGUUCCACAGGCAUACCCCACGCUGAGAGAUGUUGUCAGUUGCCGCGAGCCAAGAUGAUGAAUGCUGGCUCUAGUGGUGAUGACGAUGACGGGCAGAGGAUUCUAUGGUUGAUAGGUGGUCAAAAGCCCGUAGAGAAAUCAUGCCCAUACAGUGCAUUGUUCGGGGGCGCUCUGGAAGAGGCCCAAGGUCCCAAGUCAAGCCACGGUGACAUUUGGGCGUUUAACGGCCAUCAGUAUCACCCACACAGCAGAGGACAAAAAGCACGCCGAUUAUCGCAAAACCAGGUGGACGCCGACGCUGGUCCCAGAAUAAUAGGUUCCGCCAUACCGUAUCUGUAUGCAGAGUUGCGCCCUCAGCCCAUCUUAAGAGUGGGAGAGAAGCCCACAGGAGAGAGGAGACGGCCAUCCUUCGACCACAUCGCUGUCACCAGGGAGAGGGAAAGAGAUCGCUUUGGAGGUAAGUAA